AUGAAUCUCACUACUGCCCUUCUUUUUCUUGAGUUACUUACUAUAGCAAUCAAUAACAUCAGCUUCUGCAACGGAAGCUCUUAUACUGGUUGCAUUGAAAGCGAGAGAAAAGCACUUCUAAGGAUCAAGCAAGAUCUCACUGAUUCUUCAAACCGCCUUGCCUCUUGGACUGGUGAAGGAAAUUGUUGCAAAUGGGUUGGUAUUGUCUGUGACAACAUAACAGGCCAUGUCCUUGAGCUCAAACUUCAAAGUCCGAUCAACCCAAUAGAUUUUGAGUAUGCAUCUCAGCCUGAGAUUGAAGCUUAUUACAAUUCAAAGUUGGGUGGUCAGGUAAGUCCCUCCUUGCUUGAGUUAAAGCAAUUGGUUCACUUGGACUUGAGCCUUAAUUUUUUCGGAGGAAUUCAGGUUCCUAAAUUUCUUGGUUCUUUGAGGAAUUUAAUAUACCUUAAUCUCUCUGAUGCUGGAUUUGGAGAUAGAAUCCCUCACCAAAUUGGGAAUCUCACUAAUCUGCAAUUCCUGGACCUCAGUAAUAACACUUCGUUAUAUGCUGAAGAUCUUAGUUGGUUAUCUUGUCUUUCUUCCCUGAAGCACCUCGACUUUACUCAUGCAGAUCUAAGUAGAGCAUCUGAAUGGCUAUCUGUGAUGAAUCCUCUUCCUUCCUUGGAAGUUUUACGACUCUCAUAUUGCCAAAUCCUUCAUCUUCCCUCACUACAAAUUGCUAAUUUGUCUUCUCUUCGAGUCCUGGAUCUUUCACAGAAUUAUUGUGAUAAUUUGUUGGUUCCUAGAUGGGUUUUUGAACUGAGUCAUUUAGUGCAUCUUGAUCUAAGUUAUAAUAGUUUUGGAGGUGCCAUUCCAAAUGGACUUCAAAACUUAACUUCUCUUAGAUCUCUGAAUUUAGCUUUUAAUGCAUUCAAUUAUUCGAUACCCGACUGGCUGUACAAAUUUAAAUAUCUUGAGUUACUUUCACUUCAGUGGAAUAAGUUUCAAGGUCUUAUUCCACAUGCUCUAGGGAACCUGACUUCUGUCAAAGUAAUUUUCCUGUCAUACAAUUAUGAACUUGAAGGGAGAAUUCCAAGAUCAUUCGGAAGUCUUUGUAACUUGAGUGCAAUUGCAUUGAUAGAUGUCAACAUGAGUCAAGAGAUAUCUGAAAUUUUAGAUGUCUUUUCAGGAUGUGUUUCAGAGAAACUGGAGUCAUUGGAUUUGACAAACAGUCAACUUUCAGGUAAUUUCACCAAUCAACUUGGGAAAUUUAGGAACCUGAAGACUCUAAAUCUGAGAAACAACUCCAUUUCAGGUCCUAUACCUUCUGUUUUGGGAAAACUUUCAUCGUUGGUGAAUUUAGAUCUUUCUCAUAAUAAAUUGAACGGUUUCAUUCCAUUGUCUUUGGGAAACAUGUCAUCCAUGGAGCAUUUAGAUCUUUCAUCCAACAAAUUGAAUGGAUCUCUUUUCCCAAUUCAUUUUGUAAACCUCACUAAACUGUCCUUUUUCUAUGCAUCUCAAAACACCCUCACGAUGGAAGUCUAUCCUGAUUGGAAACCACCUUUUCAACUUCGAGUGUUAGGACUGAGAUCUUGUCAUAUAGGGCUUCAGUUCCCAUCUUGGGUUCUUUUACAAAAAAAAUUAUCACAUUUGGAUAUAUCCAACUCAGGAAUUUCGGAUGUUAUUCCUAAUCAGUUUUGGAAAUCCAUUUCCGGCUAUAAUUAUUUGAACCUGUCUCAUAAUCAGAUUUAUGGCAAGAUUCCAAACUUAAUAGAGGCUAAUCAACUUGAGUCUCUUGACUUAAGUUCGAACAAUUUUUCAGGUCCAGUCCCACAGUUAUCAUUCGAAGUAUUUGGACUUGAUGUUUCCAACAAUGCUUUGUCAGGAUCUCUUUUUCAUUUCUUGUCUUGUGGGACAAAUGAAUCAAAGGAAUUUCGAGUUCUCAAUUUUGAAAACAAUUCUUUGUCUGGAGACUUACCUGAUUGUUGGGCAAAUUGGUCAUACUUGUGGGUUCUCAAUUUGAACAACAAUAAUUUUUCUGGUAAUCUUCCAACCUCCCUCGGAUCUUUGCCUUCUAUUGAGUCCUUGCAUGUUCGUAAAAAUCAUUUCUCAGGAAUGAUACCGGUGUCCCUGAAAAAUUGCAAAACUUUAGUAGCACUUGACAUUGGUGAAAAUGAGUUUUCUGGGCGUGUGCCAGCAUGGAUUGGAGAAGAAUUACCGAAGAUGCUAUUUCUCAACCUUCGUUCAAACAAGUUUCAGGGCCCUUUGCCAAUUGAGCUCUGUCAUCUAGCUUCUCUGCAAAUUCUGGAUCUGGCAUAUAACAAUCUUGUUGGAAGCAUACCAAGAUGUAUCAAUAAUUUCAGUGAUAUGGUGAUAAUGAAUAAUUCUGCUGACAAACUUAUAGAAUAUCGGAUCAAUUAUGGGAACUUUCUGGAGGAUGCAUUACUUGUGAUGAAAGGGAAGAUGGUUGAAUAUAAUACCAUUCUUAAUCUGGUAAGAAUUGUAGACUUGUCUAGUAAUAAUUUCUCAGGAGAGAUUCCUGCAGAAGUGACAGAUCUUAGAGCCUUGCAAUCAUUGAAUUUAUCUCACAAUUCUUUCACUGGAAAAAUUCCCAAGAAUAUUGGUGCUAUGAAAUCACUAGAAUCUAUAGAUCUAUCUCACAACCAACUCUCUGGCGAAAUCCCUCAUAGCAUCACAAGUUUGUCAUUUUUGAGUCGAUUGAACUUUUCCAACAACAAGUUAAUUGGAAAAAUCCCUGUAGGCACUCAACUCCAAAGCUUAGAUGCAUCUUGUUUUUCUGGCAAUGAACUUUGUGGAUCUCCGCUUCCAGAUUGUUUUAAUGCUACUCGAACACCACAGUCUCAAAGGGGGGGACGAAAAGCUAGUAAGGAACAUGAGGUGGAUUGGUUCUAUGUCAGCAUGGGACCUGGAUUCGUGGUGGGCUUUUGGAUCAUAAUAGGUCCUUUAGCUGUCAACAGAAGGUGGAGAUAUAGGUACUGUCACUUCUUGGAUAGGCUAGGGGAAAAAUUUUAUUGUGUCUUGGGAAUUUGCAACUAG